AUGUUAUCAAAUAAAUCCGUGCGCUUAGAAAAUGUUGUUGUUCAUAUAGAUUUAAAGGGUACCCCGUUAAAACUGUCAUAUUUAGAGUCGCUAUUUCCUUUAAUGAAAAAGCAUGGAGUUAAUAGUCUACUAAUGGAAUACGAGGACAUGUUCCCAUAUGAAGGGAAAUUAGUCAACAUGAGUGCUGAAUACUGUUACAGUAAAGUUGAGCUCAAGAAUUUUCUCCGUGCGGCCCAAAAAUCGGGUUUCGAAAUAAUUCCUUUGAUACAGACAUUCGGACAUCUAGAAAAUGCUUUGAAGCUAGCCGAAUUUCAGCAUUUAAGAGAAGUUCCUUCAUAUCCCGACUCUAUAUGCCCUAGUAAUAUAGAGAGUCUGGUAUUUUUAAGAGAUUUAAUCAAACAAAUAAUAGAUUUUCACAAAGAGGUCGCACCAUUGAAAUUUCUUCACAUUGGUUGCGAUGAAGUUUUUCAUAUAAACCAGUGCCAAUUAUGUAAAGAAAGGUCGGAAAUUAUAACCAAUCGAGAUCUGUUGGUACAACAUGUAAGAGCUAUAUACGAAGUCGUGAAUUCCUUAAGCGCGAAAACGGCGGUUCUCAUCUGGGAUGAUAUGCUGAGAGAUAUAAAAGCAUACGAGUGGUUAAAUAUUGAGUCAUUUAACAAUAUACAUGUCGUAUAUUGGGACUACGGGUCGCCGUUACGAGUUACGCAUCAAAACCUUUAUAGGUAUCACAAAAAGUUUGAGCACAUUUGGAUCGCGUCUGCUUAUAAAGGCGCCGACGGUAGAACUGCUACUAUAACAGACGUGAGUAAAAGGUUCCGUAAUCAUUUCGACUGGAUGCAUUACAUCAUUGGCUAUAGAUUUGGUGGUGAAGACGUUUAUAAUUUUAAAGGGAUCAUCUUGACUGGCUGGUCAAGAUAUAGCCACAUGGAUCCUCCGUGUGAAUUACUGCCUGUGUCAAUUCCAAGUCUUGUUCUUAAUUUAUUAGUCAUACAAAACUUCAAAUCUGGCAUCAGCUAUAGUAAAAUUAAUCAUGAACGUGAUAUCAUUCAAAAUAUGUUUCGUAAGCAUAUUAACAUUGAGUUAAAUGAAAGCUUUAAAUGUUUAAUUGACUAUGAUCAUCUCGAUUUCAGUGUAUGCAAGUUUGAAGGGCACGAACUUUAUAAUCUUAUGAAACAGUAUAUCAUGAUUAAUAGUGAAGUCGCUUUCAAAUUUAUUAGUGAAGAAUAUGCCUUUGCGUCUGUAGAAUAUUAUUCGAAUAUGAACACUAUAAACAUGAAUAAUGUAAUUGAAAUGAAAGUUCAAUUAGUAACGAUGCUUGAUGAAAUUAUAAAUAUAGAAAAUAGAUUAGCGACAGAAAUAGUAAAAUAUUAUCAUCACAAUUUUGUAAGGGAAUACAUUGAUUAUAAAAGCUAUCCUAAUAAGAAAAGAAUAAUGCAACUAUUAAAUAUUAUAAAUAAUUAUAUGGAAGUGCGAACAUGGCGAAAAAGAACAGUUUCGAAUUCUGAAAAUGUUACGAUUCAACCUAAUUAAUAUUAUAGGAUUUUAACUAGCAGAUCUGCUAUGUGAUAUAUUAUUAAUUAAAACGUAUACGAAAAGCCUUUUAUUUUCAUCUGAAUUAAUAGAUAAGUUUUUCACGCAAUUAUUCAUCAUAA